AUUAUUAUUAUUAAGUAAGAGAAAGAAAGUUUUCUAGAGAGCGAGAGAGGGACAGAGAGCGAAUUUGGGGGAAUUUUUCAUUCGCUCGUUCGUUCGAUCGAUCGAUCGAUCAUGGAGGUUCGCAACGUCGACAACGCGUCGCCACCGCCGUCGCCGGCGCCGUCGUCGAAGCAGCCGAGGCCUCCGCCCAAUCCCGUCGACUCCUCUUCCGUCUCCCAAAGGCUCCAGAAGGAGCUGAUGUCGCUUAUGAUGAGUGCAAACCAAGGAGUAUCGGCCUUUCCUGAGGGCGAAAACAUUUUCUCUUGGAUAGGCACUAUUGUUGGGGGCAUAGGAACUCCAUAUGAUGGUUUAUCUUAUAAACUCUCUCUACGCUUUCCUUUGGACUACCCGUUCAAGCCUCCCCAAGUUAAGUUUGAGACCCCCUGUUUUCAUCCCAAUGUUGAUCAAUAUGGCAACAUUUGUCUUGAUAUUCUUCAGGAUAUGUGGUCCUCAGCUUACGAUUGCAGAACGAUCCUUUUGUCCAUUCAAAGCUUAUUAGGAGAGCCCAAUGUCGACAGUCCUCUUAACAGCUAUGCUGCCACAUUGUGGAGUAACCAAGAAGAGUAUAAGAAGAUGGUUCAUAAACAGUACGUGCAUGGCGGUGACUCGCUGGAGAGCUGAAAUUCAUGCCCUAAUUCUAUAUUCUACAAAAUUCUGAGUUUGUUGUAAUUUCUUCCACCUCGCAGCAGUAUAAAUUGCCUAAACAUCUGUAAAUCUAUGGACACAGCAUCUGGAGGUAUAGUUACGCUACUCAGACCCUCGAGUCUAUUAAUGUUGGCUCGUGGACAUAUAAAGAAAGUGGACAUAUAAAGAAAAAUGUAACGGAAGUUGUAAUUGGUGUAUUCUGGUGUUAAUAAGUUCUCAAUAAGCUUUUUCUGUUGUUUUCUGUGUGACUGUAUAAUAUUCAAAGAAAACUCCUACCGAGACUUCAAACA